AAACUUUCUGGGAUAGCGUGCAUCUCAGUAGUCCGGAAUGCGUACGUCUUAGCGCACGCCGUGUAUUGUGAACCGCCGAAAUGGUCGCGAGUUCUCGAUUCAAGCAAGGUGUUUGUUUUUGUCGUCGCAGUAUCGCUUUAAUCGCACUCACUUGGAUUUGGAACUUACCCGGAAUCGUUGGCCAAGCGGACUACGACGACAAAAGGGGCCCAAACACGCUACUUCGCCUGAACGUCUUGGAAGGCGAGCCGACGUCACUUCCGUGCCCCAUCUACACGGCAACCCGUGAGCCAAUCUCAGCCGUCUGGUUCCACGUCUCAACCCACGCCUACAAAGAAUACGGCAGCUCGCCGUAUUACACCAAAGGCCACCUGCAGGCGAAGAGGGUUUACGCGAUCGAAGCGCCAGAAAGGUCUGACACGGCGUUGGGAGGAACUGGCGGCCUGGUGGACGGAACGCACUGGAAGCAGCCAUCUUGGUCGGGCAGGGCGUUCUUCUCGCUUCUCAGCGGCCCGCCUGCUUUGCGGCUCAACCGCUUGGAGCGCUCAGACAGCGGAAACUACGACUGCAACGUCACUUACCGCGACAACGUCACUUCCGCCGCGGUAGUGGUGACAGAGUCCCGCGUGGAGCUUUUCGUGGCCGCGCAGGCAUGCCCGCCUCUCAUCAAAGACGCCAGGGGCGCAACGAUCAAGGACGUGGCUGGACCGUACGCUGAGGGAGAGGCCGUGCGACUGACCUGCGAAAUAGAAACGUGUGACCACGACGUCACGCUCACGUGGUACCAGAACGGCACGCAGCUGAGGACGGCCCACGGAACAGUGGCGACAUCCGACGGUGGCUGGAAAAAUCUAGUCACCGUGGGCCCCCUGAGUCGCCACGAUCUGCACACAAACAUCACCUGCCUCGCCACCAGCAACGUCUCGCUACCCGGAUCGACCACGGUACUUCUCGAUCUUUACAUGGCACCAACGGCAGUUACCAUCUGGAGUUGGCCCGCGCAGCAGACAGACGCCCCUUCAGGGUGGAUCGGCCUGCCCGGCACAGCUACACAGCACGAGCCACCGAAUAAGAACGCCGCAGCGGAUGAGGUCAUCGGCAUUCCAUUGUCCGCGGACGGCAAGGUGGCAAAAAGUGAGGCUGUGGCGCCUUCCGAACGCUUCCCCGUGAAGCCCAGGAGCUUCGAGUGCGAAGCCACUGGUAGCCGACCGGCGGCAAACGUCACGUGGUUUAUGGACGGCACGGCAGUGGACCCGGCUUUCAGCCGAAGCGUGACCGACGGCAACGCGACCACGAGCAUGCUUCUGCUGCCGGCGUCGGCCCAGUCCGGCAGGCUGCUCGAGUGCCGCGCCAUCAACGGCAACCUGCCCGAGAGCCGAGGCGUGCUGAGCCGCUUCCUCAAAGUGGACAUGUCGCACAAGACGGAGGUGAGCAUCCGGCUCGGCGCUGGUCUCAACGCCAGCCGCAUCGUCGAAGGCGCGGACGUGUACAUGGAGUGCUCGGUGCUGGCUGCCUCCAAGGUCACAGAGGUCACCUGGCGUCGCGACGGGAUCGAAAUCAAGGGGUUCGCCGGCGGCGAAGGCUCGUCCGACGCUCUGGUCACCUCGCGCUACCUGGUCGUCCGAGGUGUGACCGUCGACCAGACCGGACUGUACACCUGCACGGCCAACACUGCUGACGGAGAGAGCGUGGAGAGCGCCCCUCUGGAAGUCCGCGUCAGACACGCGCCCCGGUGCGGCGUACGAAGCGAAACGCUCCUAGCUGCGCGGCUCAACGAGCCACUGAACGUGACCUGCGACGUGAGCGCGGAUCCCAGCGAAGGGCUGCGCUUCUUCUGGAUCGCCGAGGACGACACCGGCAAGAGGCGUCACGUGACGCGGAGAGAGGGCGCCACCGGAGCCGAGGAGGCGGACUUCGAAGACCGGCCACCGGAAGUGCAGGACUCGAACCGACUCGAAGUGCUAGUCGACCCGCACCUGUUUCACGCGACGCUCCUCUGCUGGGCGAGAAAUAGCGUGGGCACGCAGCGAGAGCCUUGCAGACACCGGUUCCAAUUGAGGCGCGAGCGAGCGUCCAGCCUUGAAUGCGUGGUGGGCAACUACACGGAUACGUCGUUCUCAGUCACGUGUGCGUCGCGCCGACGCGGUCAUGCCAGGAGCGGCGUCGACGACCACGGAGCGGCGAAGGCCCGGUUGCGCAUCGAGCUGUUCGAUGCGACGGCGGGUAACCGCUCGGUGCGGGGCUUCUGGGUCGCGACCCAGUCUGGCAGGGCGACCAGCACCGGCAGUGACCCGCAGUUCCUGACGGGUCUCAAACCGGCCACGGACUACCUGGUGGUGGCGCGGCUAGAACCGGAAGCGAACGCGUUCGCCACUUACGUCAGGACCCUGGCGCCUGCCCAGACUGUCAGAGAACGGGAAGAGCGCGCAUCGACGGCGGAAAGCACAACCAGGGUGCUUCCCAUGAUGACUACGAUCGCCGUCAUCGUUUGUGUCGUCGCAACCGCCACGUUAGGCUUAGCAGCCACCUGCACAGCUCUGUGGUUCAAGCACCACAGGAGACGAUCGCGACUGCUGAGAGCCGCCGCGGCUCGGAAGCACGCCGAACACAAGGCGUACCUCGCCGCAGACGUUUCGUGCAGCUGAUACUGCGGACACAAGCGAAACGCGUUUGCCCUGAGCACUCUCAUAGUUUCGUCACAUUCACUGUGUUCACACCUUCAUGCCCUUACCAACAGUGUCGCUCACGAUGAACCAUCGCAAGAACGAUACGUGCCUUCACUUUCAAAUGUGUGCUUUGUCACCCUUCUCGACACUGUACGUCGUAUGAUGCGUACAAGGCAAGCUUUACCUCAGUCGCCUCAAUCUACACAAAGUAAAAUCUCGCUAUAACGAACUUUAAGGGAGACCCACAGUUACUUCGUUAUACCCAUUAUUACACGUACUGUGGUAGGAAUCUAUAUAAUGAUUUUAACAAUAAUUUCACGGGCUUCGAUCGUGAGGUCCAUUAUUUCGUUAUAUCCGGUUUCGUUAUAACGAGGCUUCACUGUACAUGGGGACGGAGAAAUCGUUUUUUUUUUUUGGCAAACACUACGUAUAUUUGAAUGAGGUUCGUUGCAUGUAUAUGUAAGAGCCAUACAUAUUGACUGCUGGGAGUGAAAUUGAUAUUUGGGUUAUCAUUGUUUAUACGGAAAAAAUCGAAUACUGCAAAAUAAAUAUAUAAAUCAAAGAUAUGCACAAUUAGAUUUAGCGCUCAAAAUCAUCAAUAAAAAAGAUAUCAGAGUUCUGACAACUGGACCCAUUUAGACAUUUAAAAUGAAUAAUAUCACUGUAUCGUGCAGCACUCUGUAGUUUAUACCACUCAUUUGCCGGUAGACACUUUCAAAAUCAUCGUAAGCAUGGCAGAAACUUCACGUAAACUGCAAACCUAUGUAACAAAUCUGUCCGCUUUUGAUAUUCUAUCAACUGUUGUGAAGCAGUGCGAUAUGUGUAUUUGGUGCAGAGUUAUGGAUUUGUAAAAAUGUCUGCUUGAGUUUUCGUUCCUACAAUUAUUCAGCCCGUUUUAUUAAAAAUUCUCACAACUUGAACCAAUGUUAUGCUGCAAACAGUCAGUAUAACUACCAAUUUCUACUUUAUUUCAACAAAUUUCCUUCGAAUCAAUUAUGUGGUUGUCUAGGAAAGGAAUUUCAGCAUUUUACAAAUAUUUUAAUACGGCAAUAGUUUCGCCCGAGGUAAAGUUUGUUCUAGCAGUGUUGUUAGGCAUGGCGAUAAACUAACAACGAUGUAAAAAAAUAAUGCAGAAGAAAAGACAAGAAAAACUCAUCUCUAUUUGCAUUCACACGAAGAGUCAAGCUCAUCGUCCUAGGCCCAGAACUUUAUUUGUGCAACAGAUUUGUAAAUACUUUGUCAUAAUUUUAUUAUCUAAAUUUGUAAGAGGAAAUUUGCCAUUUCGUUUCCGCAUCCCAAGGUUCUCACGUUUCAUAGACUAGCUUUGCGACGUAAAGUAGCAUCUUAUUACCAAUUCUCAACCGAUUGCGCCAAGUUAACCGCACAUUUGUUUUCAUCUGUACAAACACGGAAUUCAUUUCCUUCGGGUGUGACAAAAUAUUGCAUUAAUCCAUUGAAAAAAAAAUUCGCUAUCCUACUUUAAGUUUCCUGCCAUUAGGUCUAUACAUAGUUCCUGGCUGUAUACCUUAAGAUCAUAUUUAUCCUAGAUAUUGUGGUUAAUGCACUUUGUAUAUAUAUAUAUAUAUAUGUUUCUGAAUAAAAUAACUUCUCUCACCACGUAGUAAUGUGUCUAGACUGCCUAUUUGAACGACGUUGUGCGGGUCAACCGGAAGUGGCUACAUGUACGAUGCAAAGGCCACGCCAGUUUUUAGCGCACCUGCGAACAGCCCCGUUUGUGCAGCGUGCCAAACUUAGCCACGAAGUGGCGAGAACAGUUACCGACCGCAACGACGACGAACACUUAGACGUUACCAAAGCGUAUACUCGCAAGGCUGCAUAGUCGUUUCUGGCGCGGCUAGGGUCGUUGAAGCCCUUGUGUCGGUAGACUCGCAAUGCCACGGACGGGAUGCUAGCCUAAUAUAAAAUGUUCGUGCACCGUUCACCCGUGCCGCUCACGGCGAGGCCGUCGCAUAGUGCGGAUAACGAUUUCCCGCACACCCGCACGACGUCGUGUGCAUAGACAGUCAUCUAACUAUGAGUGAUGUACUAAAGGGAGGUCUCGGGCUCCGAGCCUUGACUCCAUGGUGUUGACUACGAGAGAGGGCGAAACCUUUAUUAAUGACAAAAAAAAAUGUAUAUGAAUCUUCUUUAAUAUAUAUGCACGUUUUACAAUGUAUUGCAGUUUUCCGAGAAU